GCGCUGUCUAUCUUUGGACUUUGGCUGAGAAUACAUGCUGUUUCCUUGCGCUUGGUGCCCCGUGGCUACCAGCAGCAAUAUCUAACAGAGGAUCGAUCUCCAGCGCCAUUAAUCAUUUGAUGCUUUAUACCCGUCUCUCUUGGAAGAAGCGGGGAGAAAGGACAAAGUCCCAUUCUUGGCCAUCUCAUCGAGCCCCCGUCCGAAGUCAACAGUCGAGUCCAGGUACGAUAUAUAAUGAAGCAAGAGAUACCACAAUACCGCUAGUGAAAUAUCCGUCAACCUCUAGCAAGAAUAAACAGACCGGUGAAGCGGAUUUAACUAGAGGAGGUAUCCUUCUGACAACGGAGAUUAUAGUUGCAAUAGGUCAAGCAGGUCAUAAUUCACUUACUGGAGACCCUUGGUUUAUUAACGAGUGAAAUAAGAUAUCUGGGAGGAGGGCGGAGGAAACAGAAAUUUCAUACAAUCAGUCAAAGAGCGACUUUUCAUGCAGACCAUCACCAAAAUACUUAGUUCGGCGCGAAGAAUCAAAGUGUCGUUAAGCUUAGCAUUCAUCUGAAUUGCCAGAGAGGUACCUAAGAGUAACACUUUCCAUCCUUUCCCAACCUGUGCAAGCAAUGCGUCUUGAAAAUAUUCGCUUCGCCGUUUGUUUUUGGGGGGCGCUCUCUUAGAUGGCAGCCUGCUGAUCUGACGUGACAUUUCAGCAUCGAGUGGAAAUUAAUUGCAGACACCUUGCAUGCAUGGCCCCCAAAAUAUAGGUUAGGUACCUGCUAUACUCUUAAAACAUUGGUGGCCAUUUAAGCAAUCAGGAGAGAUUGAUUUCAUGCAUUUGUAUUGCCAUUGCAACACAACCCCCGACCGCCCCUAUCCGGAGGGUUUAUCAAACCACUUUGAUAUCUACCUAAAGGUGGUUACUUGUUAUUAUUCGUGGUCUUACGACCUUAAAUCAUUCAUAGAUCCUUUGAAUCUUCGUCAUUGAAGUAGAACAACACAACUGGCCCCGAAUCGGUCGAUGCGAGUAAAUACGUCGUACAAUUGAAACUGGACCAGUCUCCUUGUGAUUACCACAGAGUCUGGG